CCAGAGCUGCAAGAUCCUGAACGCGAGGGAAAAUCCUUCUCAUCUGGAAGUUUAUUCUGAAGAAGUUAAUUUUUUAAAUCAUUUUUUUUUUAAAUCCAAAAUGAACAUUCAAAGAGCAACAUUGUUUCUAUGUUGGACGAUUUUGUAUGUGGACCUGUGUCUAAGCCAGAGCGAUUGCACAGGCGUGGACUGUCCUGUUCUGCAGAACUGCAUCAAAAAUGUUUCAGAAAAAGGUGCCUGCUGUCCUAAAUGUAUACAACACGGCUGCACCUGUGAGGGGUACCAGUACUACGACUGCGUGCGAGCAGGCUUCAGCAACGGGAAAGUCCCAGAGGCGAAAUCUUACUUUGUGGAUUUCGGAAGUACCGAGUGUUCCUGUCCUCAGGGAGGAGGGAAGAUAAGCUGUCAUUUUAUUCCAUGCCCUGAAAUUCCCCCUAACUGCAUUGACAUUUUACAACCUGCAGAUGGAUGUCCGCAGUGUGGUCGAACUGGUUGUACCCAUGGCAACAAGAAGUAUGAAGCAGGACACUCCUUUCAGAUUGAUCAUUGCCAAGUUUGCCAUUGUCCAGAUGAAGGUGGACGGUUAAUGUGCUCACCCAUCCCUGGCUGUGACCUUCGUAGUGUUACCAAGCCUGUGAGGGUAUCAACUACUGAGAACAACAAACCUUUGAGAGACUUUAGAAGCAGUCAUGACAGCCGGCAAACAAGCCUUGCAGAACCAUUUUCCAAGCUGGUGCACAAAAACACUCUACCACUGUACAAGAAGGACCCACCCAGUUUUGGCACAGAGGAUUAUGACUACACUCUGGCAGAACCGACAUCUUCCACUAUCCAAAAUCUGGCCCGACCACUGGAAUCUACUACAUUACCACCAGCUUACCCGGAGUCAAGUUCCACUAGCCUCAGCUCUCAUGAUGAAAGGAGUCAUGAGCUGCAAGAAGAAACCCCAAAUCCACAAAGGAGCACUGAGGAUGAGGGUACUCAUAACUUGGAUCUAACCGCUACAGGGGGUGAAAACAAAACAUCAUCACCAACAACAACUACAACCACACAGAUAGUGACCACCGAGCACCACAGGCCAGAACAGGAAACUGGAGGAAGACCCAUGAAACAUGGCAGUCACAGAAACACAGCGGGACAGGAGACUUUAAAAGACACAGCGCACACUGCCCGUACCAACGGCCAUCACUUUGGCCAGCACAGGCACAGUCAGGGUAGCUUUACUGGAAAUCAGGGCAACUCCCGUUCUGUCUACCAUAAGGGACAUGAACAAGUAGUGGAGCAUGAGCAGCUGACUGGUAAAGAGGAACAACGAUUGUACCCUACAGUCCAGUUCAGUGCCACGAGAAGAGCUCCAGUCAGGAUGAGAGAGGAAGGCGAGGAGCUUCAAAGACAACCUCAAGCCCUCAACAGUUACCAAACUCGGGAUGCUGAGGCCUACACAGAAAUGUCUGCCAAGGAGCUGCUGAAGACCUGCUGUGAGACAGGGGCCAAAUGGGCUUCAGCUAAUGGCCACUGUAACAACACUGAACCACCUGCUGAUGAUGUGCAUUCUAUGUGCUUGACUGCCCAACAACAGUGCUGCCUCGGCUCCCUGAGAGAAAGUCAGUGCUUGGCUGGAAUGAAUGCAGCCAGAGCAGGAAAUAUGUGUGGAGAGGAUGCCAGCAAUAAAUGUGGGAUUGAUUCUUACAAGGAUUGCUGCAGCUGCUGCUCCAUUGGGCUACAGUUCCGCAGUGAGGGGCAUCGCUGCGAAGCCCACCAGUAUAUGGGUUUCCACUGCAGACACAUCUUUUUAAGCUGCUGCGAGGGGGAGGAGGGGAGGACUGUGAGUCAAGAUGGUCGGCACACUAUCAGAGAGAGGCCUCCUUUGAACGUUACUCCACCACCAAGAAAAGUAUUGGACAGCCCGUAUCCUAGAGAGGCCUUCUCCAUUGGUCAAGUGCAGGAUGGGGAGAAUGCAGCAGAGAGUCCUGUUGAGGUGGAGGAUAUGGAUGAGUGCCUGAUAUAUGAGGGCAGCAUCUGCCAACAGAUCUGUGUUAACACAAUAGGUUCUUUCCAGUGUGAGUGCAACCCUGGGUAUGUGCUGCAAGAGGACGGUUUCUCUUGUGCACAAGAGACGGUGGAUGAGGAGAACAGACUCCAGGAGGUUACCAGAGCAGCAGCGGAACCCACCUCUCCACUUCCGCCUCCCUCCAAGUCCUCUGUCCUACUCGACCCCUGUGAAGGAAACAGCAUCUGCGAGCAACAGUGCACUCCAGUGGGUGGAGAGCCGCACUGCUUCUGUUCUCCAGGUUUCGCCUUGAGAGCUGACGGACGCUCGUGUGAAGACAUAAAUGAGUGUUUGUCUGCACACGCCUGCCAGUUGAAUGAGCGCUGCGUGAAUACUGCAGGGAGUUAUGCCUGUCAGAGACUGAUCACCUGUCCCCCUGGAUACCAGAUCAACAAUGACAUUUGUGAAGACAUCAAUGAGUGUGUGCAGAGACGCCAUAACUGUGGAACUGGCUUUGAGUGUGUGAAUACAGAGGGCUCGUUCAGAUGCAACCCCAAACGUAAUUGUCCUGUGGGUUUUAACCACAACGCACAGGGCAGUUGUGUAGAUGUUGACGAGUGUGGUACUUUGACCCAGCCGUGCAGUCCAGGAUUUAACUGCAUCAACACAGUGGGAUCCUACAUUUGCAACAGAAAGAUAAUGUGUAGCCGUGGCUAUCAUGCUAGCCCUGAUGGGUCCAGAUGUGUUGAUGUGGAUGAAUGUCAGAGCAACCUGCAUCGAUGUGGAGAGGGCCAGCUGUGCCACAAUUUGCCUGGUUCCUAUCGUUGUGAAUGUCAAACAGGCUAUCAGUAUGAUUCAUUCAGAAGGAUGUGUGUAGAUAUAAACGAGUGCUGGAGCUACCGAGGCCGUCUGUGUGCCCAGACCUGUGAGAACACCCCAGGCUCCUAUGAGUGCUCCUGUACCUCUGGUUUCCGCUUAUCUGGUAAUGGCAAGAACUGUGAAGAUGUGAAUGAGUGCCUGGCCAACCUAUGCAGUCAGGAGUGUGCCAAUAUCUAUGGCUCCUACCAGUGCUACUGCAGACAGGGCUACUACCUCAAGGAGGAUGGCCAUACCUGUGAAGACACUGAUGAAUGUUCUCAGAGCAUUGGCCAUCUGUGCACCUAUAAGUGUGUGAAUGUUCCAGGCAGUUACCAGUGUGCUUGUCCUGACUAUGGGUACACCAUGUCUCCAAAUGGACGAUCUUGCAGAGAUAUCGAUGAAUGUGCCACAGGGGCCCAUAACUGCUCUUUAGCUGAGACCUGCUACAACAUUCAAGGAGGGUACCGCUGCCUUUCUUUUAGCUGUCCAGCGAACUACCGAAAAGUGUCUGACACACGCUGUGAGCGAAUCAGCUGUCCUAACUACCUGCAGUGUCAAAACUCUCCACUAAGAAUCACCUACUACUACCUCAGCUUCCAGUCCAACAUCAUCAUCCCUGCUCAGAUCUUCCGCAUUGGACCCUCUCCUGCUUAUUCGGGAGACAACGUCAUUGUUAGUAUCACCAGUGGAAAUGAGGAAAACUAUUUCAGCACAAGGAAACUGAAUGCAUAUACGGGUGCCGUGUAUUUAAACCGCCAGGUUCAGGGUCCGAGGGAUUUCUUAAUCAACCUGGAGAUGAAGCUAUGGAGACAAGGGACAUUUACCACCUUCCAUGCCAAGAUAUAUGUCUUCAUCACAGGCAAUUCACUUUAACAGCUGGAGCUGUACUGUGGCCAAUAUGGACCUUUAAGCAAUUUGUUAGGACUUUUUUUUUUUUUUUUAGCACUAUUUAACAAUUCCACUGUCUGUCUUAAUGAUCUUGGAAAGUUAAUCUCACUAAAGUUAAUAUUAAAACUUAGCAGUAGAAAUAGUAGAAAGGAGCUUUCUACUUUGUGCCACUUAAAACUCUUCAAAGUCUUAAUCGGAAAUAACAUAUUUGGGGAUACAAAAUGCUUAUAAUACCAUUAAAAAUGACCCGUUUUGCAAAAUGAUAGACAAGCUAGCUUCUGGCCUUUAUUUUUUAUAUAUCUAUUUUCUGCUGAUAUCAUUGUGUUGUGAGGUGCCAAUUUGUAGUUUGAAAACUUUGAAAAAAGCAGACUUCUUUGUUUCCAUUUCAGACAAACUGUCUUAUUCUUUUUACUCUGCGCUGUUGCUUUUGUUUUGUCUUUGACACAUUUUUAAAAAAUGUAAUCUUGCAUUGUAUCAUAUAUUUUUGUAUCUUUGUAUUCUGACACAUUAUGGAUGGAUGUAUCAUAUUUUUAUG